AUGGACGAUCAGCCGCCGGCCGCAGAGAAGCAACUCCGUCUCGAAGUGCUGAGGCCCGACGCGCUGCUCGCGCGGGCGCACCGCCGCCGCUUCGCGGCGGUCCGGGCCGCGCACCGCUUCGCCGGCGAGGUGCACGCCGAGUUCGUGAUGGCCACCCGCGAGACCGCGUACUCCAUCUGCGCGCACGCGGGUCUGCUGGCGAGCGGCGCGGUGGGCUGCGCGUCGAAGGGCGUCCACGCCACCACGGCGCUGAUGCUGCCCAGGCUCCGCGAGGCCUUCCCGGGCUACGCCUACGUGUGCGGCGGCGAGACGCCGGAGGGGGCGGCGCUGAGCUCCGUGGCGCGCUUCGACGUGGCCUCUGGCGCGUGGGAGGCCGCGCCGCCCAUGCGCCAGCGGCGCUCCGGCGCCACCGCCAGCGUGGUCGCGGGCGGCCUCUACGUCUGCGGCGGCUCGGACGGCGACGAGAUGCUGAGCUCGGUCGAGCGGUUUGAGCCCAGGCGGGGCGCCUGGGAGCCGGCCCGGCCCAUGGCCUGCGCCAGGGACGGCGCCUCGUCCGGGGUGCUCAGCGGCAGGCUGUACGUCUGUGGCGGCCGCGCCAGCGAGCACCUGCAGCUGAGCUCCGUGGAGCGGUUCGACCCGUGCGCCCGCGACUGGGAGGGGUGGGGCACGCUGCCGCUCAUGGCGUUCCAGCGCGUGUGCCUCGCCGUUGCCUCCCUGGGCGGGCUGCUGUACGCCUGCGGCGGGCGCGACGUGCAGCGCCUGCGCUCGGCGGAGCGCUUCGACCAGCAGGCCGAGUGCCGCGUCGACGCCGUCGCCCUCGCGGGGGAACUCAACGCCAAUAGCGCACGGGACCUCGCUGUCAGCUUUCCGAGCGUACACCCCUUCAGGGUCUGGACGGGCGCCGCGAGGCUAUACCCCUAG